AUGUUUCCUAGGCCUGUCUUGAACUCCCAGGCUCCAGGGGAUCUCCUGCCUCAGCCUCCCAACAUGCUGGGUCACGGGCAGCGGCCACCUCGCCUGGCCAGUUUUUCCUUUACAAAGACUGGAAUGCUGAGCCCGGAAAGAAUCACGUCAGCCUUGACUGGACUCACUGCCCACCUCUGGGACUUUGGCGGUGGGGUGGCAAGGAGGACCUCAAAGGCUCAGCGAGUCCACCCCCAGCCCAGCCACCAGCGCCAGCCUCCUCCUCCGCAACACCCAGGCCCUUAUCAGGAAAGGAUUUGGGUUGGUGGGGAGGGCGGGGGGGAAGUUGGAGGCCCCAGGCUCGGCAAGGUGGGUCGGAGAGAUAGGGAAGUGGGGAGGGGGCUGUGGGCCCCUGCUGGGUGGGGGAGGGCAAUGGGAGGGAUGCCCAGAAUGGGCUCGGUGGGGUGCUUUGGCCAAGCUCUGUCCUCGCUGGCCUGGCCUUCAACAUGGUUCCAGGACUUCUGCCUCCCAUCCUUGCCAGGCAAGUUGCCUGCACCUUUAAUUAGCAAGCAGCAGUUUCUCCCCAAUUCAUCACGGUCUCUGUUUAAUUAGCCGAGCCCAGGGCGCCCCCACCCCCAGCUCUGCCUGCUUGUCUCACCAAGGCCGUCACCACCUCAUGGUGUCCCCUGUCACCACUCCCCAUACUUAUUCUGCUCCCCAGAAUGGGGGAUGGGCCUGGCAUCUCAAGGAGAUUCUGGGCACCCGCGCUUGUAUUCAAGGCAUCCAGCAAACAUGAUUAGGGACCGAGGCUGCGCCAGGCUGGCUCUGGGUAGAACCCCGGCCGGACAUGCGGGGCAGGCUCUGGUCCUGUCCAGCUGCUGGAGACUGGCUUCUCCCUUGGGAGGUGCUGGGACGUCUCUGUGGCCUGGUCCCUGGGUGCUGGGAAGAGGCUGCCGUACUCUUGUGUGUCACUGCCACCCCACAUCCGGAA